AUGUACAAAAAAAAAGACACUUUAUGGGUAAGGUGGAUCCACUCGGUUAAGCUGAAUAAAUGCAGCCUCCGGGAAAUCAAAAUACCUACUGAAUGUUCCUCGAUUUGGAGGAAGAUUCUUAAAAUCAGAAACACUACUAAGCUUCUGAUCAGUGUUGAUAUUGGCGCUGGAAAGGGCACUUCUUUCUGGUUUGAUAAUUGGCUCUCUUUGGGACCCCUCUACCUGAAAUUUCCUGAAUCUUUGCUUAGAGACCUAAAGCUAUCUAAGCUAUCUAAAAGAAGUAAGGGUAGACUUGCUAGAUGGGGAGUAGCAAAUGUCUCUCCAAUUUGUGUUCUGUGCAAUCAAGAAAAUGAGGCGAUUGAGCAUCUAUUCUUCCAAUGGACUUUUUCUGGUUGCAUAUUGGAAAAACUACAGAGAUUUUGUUCGGUAUAUAGAUGCUCUUUACCAUGGGAUGAAGAAGUAACGUGA